AUGUUUUUGACAACUAUUUCGGCAUCAAGCAUAAGCAUACCACCAGUUGGCAUCCUCCAGCCAACGGGCUCGUUGAAUGUCUUCAUCGACCCCUCAAGGCUGCUAUCAUGGCUCAUUUGGGUUGAUCAAUAUAUCAAUAUAUCAAUAUCUCAUAUCAAUUGGGUUGAUCAAUAUAUCAAUAUAUCAAUAUCUCAUAUCAAUUGGGUUGAUGCUCUUCCACUUGUCCUCCUUGGCAUUCGUUCUGCGUUCAAGCCAGAUAUUGGAGCUUCAUCUGCCGAAUUUGUGUUCGGGGAACCCUUGCGUCUCCCAGGCGAGAUGUUUUCAUCCAGCGUCCCUAAUUCCGAAGAUAUUCCAACUUUUCUUGCUGCAAUUCGUGAGCACGUGGCUCGUCUCCGACCUGUACCAACUUCUAGACACUCGAAACCUGGCAUAUUUGUGUUCAAAGAUCUCGAACACUGCACACAUGUUCUGUUACGUGAAGGGCCAGAACUACGAUCUCUUCAACAACCAUAUAGAGGCUCUUACGAAGUUAUUGAACGUAACGAUAAAACAAUGACUCUUAAGAUCUACAAUAAGCCAAUCACUGUUACAAUUGACACAGUGAAGCCUGCCUUUAUUUUGAACGAUCAAGAACCUCCACCGACAAAUAUAGCUGAUUCAACGUUACCAACAGUUUUUAUAUCGCCGCCGAAGCCUACAUUUUCACCUACAUCGCCAGCAUCAGAAAAAGUGGUUACCACACGAUCUGGAAGAAGAGUGCGAUUGCCAGAUCGUUUUCAACCCUGA